AUGCCAGGCGCAUUCGAACCGCGCACUCCUUCGCAACAACUGUUCAACCCAGAGGUAGUCGAAGGGCAGUGGCAGGCUAUGCUUGAAAGUGACUGCACUUUCGAACCUGAGAUGUUCCUCGUGGUCAUGCAUAACUUGAUCAAGAACCCAAACAUCAUGUCUACACAUCUUUUCCGGGCGGACAUACUCUAUGACAGUGAUGCCGAUCAUACACUUAUUCAAGAGCCAGCGACCACACAAUUCAGCGACUUUACAAGACACCUUAAGCCAGAAUACCAGCCAAGGUAUACGAGUUUCCCAGGGUUCAAAUGGGAUAGGACAUAUGUUCGACAGCUUGUUCCGCGCAAUCGACAACUAGACAAAGAUCUCCCGCAAUCAUGUCACUUCUACACCCAACAGGAUGGACCCACGCUAAAGAACCUCAUCUUAUACAUUCCACAUGUCAAAAACUCUGAGACGAUGCCGUGGUAUCAUCCCAGAGUUAAAGCAGUUGCAUUCUCUCACAAUUGGACAGCGACAUCAAGGACCGGAUCAGUUGGAGUGCAUUAUUCCUUAUUCCCCGACGUACCUCUUGAUUCUAGACUGGAGAGAACAGCCUUGCAGUUGCUUACCAAAAUUCACAAGCAUAGUCGAGGUCAACAAGCAGGGUACCAAAAACGAGUCCAUCACGAUCAAGUUGUGCCACAAAGGACGUUUCAAGAAACCUAUGCCAGGCUUAAAAGCACGUAUGCUAGAUCCUUAAUCGACAACUGGGCAGAAGUCACCGACCCAGCUAAGCAUGUUUUUGAGGAUCUUGGAAUUGCCUCAUUCUUGAUUGAGCUGUGGAAAGACAUGUACGAUUGUAGUGCCAUCCUGGAUAUCCAGCAACCAGCUGGGAACGUUGAUAAGCCUCCAUUCCCAGGAUUUGUCGACAUCGGUUGCGGCAACGGUCUUCUAGUGAACAUUUUGAUUCAAGAAGGCUUUCCAGGUUGGGGCUUCGACGCCCGACACCGGAGAUCCUGGGAAACGUUUGCUCCCAACAUUCAGAGCAAGCUUGCAGAAGGGAUUCUGGUGCCAGAAGUCCUCGACCCUCAGGAAUCGUCGGCCGACGAUGAGAAUGUUGAUGAUCUGGCAGGAAAAUUAGAACCUGUCGAUCUACUUAGAGAUCGAGAUUUCCACAACGGUCUUUUCAAACAAGGGACGUUCAUCGUGUCGAAUCAUGCAGACGAGCUUACUCCGUGGACUCCUCUACUCUCUUAUCUCAACGACUCUCCGUUCAUCGCCAUACCCUGCUGCAGUCACAACCUAGCCGGAGCUAGAUGGCGAGCACCGAUAUCGAAAGCCGCAAAGGAAAAGGCUGCCGCGCAGCGACCGUAUGCUUCGCUCUGCGAUUACGUCUCGGGUCUCGCAAACGAUGUGAACUUUGUCGUCGAAACGGAGAUUUUGCGCAUACCGAGCACGAGGAAUACCUGUAUCUUGGGCAGGAAGAUGAAAGCUACACAGGCGUCUGACGAAACCUCGAGAGAGCAGCAUAUUCGGGAUAUUGUAGCCAGAGAACUCAAUGCUCCUAUCAAGGAUGUCUGCGACGAGUUUGUCAGGUGUGCUCAGAAACUGGUCGGCAAGAAAGGCGAAGCUCAUUGA